GUGGUCAACUUUGAGAGAUAGUCUAUAUGUUAUUUUACUGUUCCUUUAAAGAAGAUGGCCAAUGUGUCGCACGGACAACUGGUAAAGUACGCCAAAAUGUAAUUUUAUUCAACAUUCUGGCAUGUAGAGGUCGUGAGAGAACUUUCCUGAUUCAAACGCUAAUUUCGGCCUGACAGAAUUCAAUGCAAUUUAAUACCGCGUUUCCUGUCAAGCGGAGGUGGAGACGAAGGGGUGCUCGACAUCGUGCACUGUCUGCGCCUGUCUGUUCUGUGUGUGGAUGCUAAAAGCUGAAGAAUUACCAGGGAAAUUAAAUUAACGUGUAGGCCCUACGAGUAAUUCAACCAUAACCAGAUGUAAAGAUGUGAGUGUGGUCUGAGGCAGCUGUGAUCCCAUGCUCCAGCCCCCCCACCCACCCCAGCACCACACUAGAAUGUACUUGAACUUGCCUCCAGUUGCGGCUUUGCACACAGAAUGGAGGUCAUCGUGCGGUGGUCUGCCCAGAGGCUUUAGCGGUCUGCCACUGUGCUUCAAUGACUCUGACAACGACUUGUCCACCACUGGAACACCCAUCUCAGAGAAGGUCCAGAUGAUCAUAGAGAGCCUAAGGAGCACCCAGUCCUCACUCAACAUGGGCGACGAGACAGAAGGGAACCAAGUGCUAUCAGGGCAACCAGUACAGGAGGCUGGAGCCCGGGGCUCCCAGGGCCAAGGCUUCAAAGUCCGGAGGGGGCCUCCUGUGGUUAUUGAACCCAAGCCCAAAUUCAGAGGCCCUCUUCCUCACACUGAUAACUUGCUGGCGCUGCCAGAAGUUUCCUAUAAUGUUGAUUUGGAGAGUUCUGACGGCGAUGACUCUGUAGAUAGAGGCAUCGAGGAGGCCAUUCAGGAGUACCUGAAGGAAAAGGAUGACCACAAACGCAAGGCUGAGCCAGAACCAGCCACUAAUAUUUUACAGCCACCCAAGAUUCCCCGGAGGGAGGCUGCUCCAACCUUUCCAGAACCUACUAAACAACAUUCCGACAGCAAUAAGGUUUUAACUGCCAGCAACCAGGUUCCGAGAAGUGUCAAAACAGAGACACACAACACAGCACUACCCAUGAAAAAAUGUUUGAAAAGUAAGAUACCCACCUGCAAAGAGAAUCCCUUUAAGAAACUGGACACAAUAAGCAAUGCAGCGGUGGUAAAAAAACUAUCUUCUUUGCAACAGAAGAGAGGCCCCUCUAAUUCCAACCCUCUCUCUGACAAACAGAAGAGUCCUGUACUGAAAGCAGUGAAGUUGGAGGAACACUUGUCUGACAGUGACAGCAGCAGCAGUAGUGAUGACGGCAUUGAGGAGGCUAUUCAACGCUACCAGCAUGAGAAGAAGAAAGAGAGACAUGGAGGCAGACAGUCCUCCAAACCCCUUCUCGUCCUCAAAGAGGAGUCAGACUCCAGCAGCAGUGAUGACGGAAUAGAGGAGGCCAUCCGCCACUACCAGCUGGAGAAGCAGAAAGAGAAGGGUGUACCGAAGCUCUCUCUAUUUCUACCCAAACAAAAGCAAGUGGGUAAAGCAGGGGCUCCCCUGCACUGUCCAGAGAGCACAAGCACUCAGGCAGCGGCCAUGAAAAAACACAAACGGUCUAAAAAGAAGAAACCUGAGACUAGGGAUUUAAAAUCAUCUCUACAUCCUCAAACUCCUUGUUCCUCACUCUCUCUUAUCAAGAAAAGAUUAGCAGUUAGCAGCCCCAAAGGGAAUGGCCUCCUCUUGUCGACUAAAGUGGAGCCGCUGCGAGAGAGGGAGCAAGAGCAGCACACCACCCCAUGCCCAGCCACUCUGAAGGUGAACACCACCACCACAGCUGAACUGAUGUGUGCUGAGGCCAUCCUGGACAUUUCUAAAGCUGUCAUUAAAAUGCCAGGGGCCUUUAACCCUAGUGUAGCAUUAGCAGGCCAUAUCAAUAUUAACAGUAGCUCCACGGAGUCCACCGCCACCACUUCUCUUAUCAUCUCCACAAACUGCCAUGGUGCUGAUGAUAGUAAUACAAGUGAUAAUGAGAGCUCCGUUGAUAGUGAGGAUGGGAUCGAACAGGAAAUCCGGAAGUUUCUUGAGAAGAAAGCCCAAAUGCACAAACUGUCAUCUGGGCCCGGCUCAGAUGUUGGUACUACAAGUCCAGGUGGAAACAACACAAUAACAGAACCAGAGAAAAACACCAAACUGAGUCCGGCCCAGAAGAAAACACUGAGGCUGUCUGUGACGCAGAAAAGAAAGCGCAAAGAGGAAGGUGGCAGCAGGAGGAGUUCCAAGGAAGGAGAGAGUGAUCUCAAAAUGAAAGAGGCACUCCCAAAGCAUUUGACCAAGCAUGACCAAAGGUCAAGGUCAUCUGUUUCCACCCUGAAAAAAGCCCCACUGAAAUCAGUGAGGGCCUCAGAGAGGAGGGGGGAACCUAAGAGUGGAGACAAGAGUAGCUCACUGGACAGUGACGAAGACCUGGACACUGCAAUAAAAGACUUGCUCAAGACUAAGAAGAAGUUGAAAAAGAAGACUAGAGAUAUGAAGUUGAAGUCAAGGAAGGGCCUUGAGGAUGAGGAGCCGCUGUCUAGAAAAACAUCAGAGUUAAAGAAGCUGGGUAUGGACCAUGUGCCCAAGACUACCAGCCUUUUGAAAACUAGCCUUAAAGUCACUACUACUACUGCCCAGAGUAGUAACAACAACAGAGAAAAAAGCAUAUUUAGUAAGAAUGUGUCACAGUAUCCACAGAGCAAUGAAAAGAAAAAGCCCCUCAACCAGACAGAUGAGAUGGACCGAUCUCAAGGGAACAGGGAUGUAGAAGGCCUGUCAAGAGAGACUAACCCAGUUGUUGUUCAGAUCAAGGAAGAGAGCAGUUCAGUGGACAGCGACGACAGCAUCGAACAGGAGAUCAGAAAGUUCCUGGCAGAAAAGGCCAAGGUUUCUACUACCACAGUGAAAACAGAUGAUAGAGAGGAGAUCGGGAAUGGCAAGGGCAAAACUACAGUCCCUCUCACGGAGAAAUGCAUCAAAUUGGAAAAUCUGCUGGCUGAAAUUCCAAGGAUAGACGUUACUCAAUUCCCUGACCUGCCUCGUCAGAGCAGUUGUGAGCAGAGAGGAGUUCCGGACAGAGGAAUCUUUCCAAACACAACCCCUAUCCAGCCAGUGCCAGGAAACCACACCCCAGAAACAGCCAGGGGGUCGUGCCUCCUCUCAGCCCUCACCCCCAGCUCCUAUCCUCCAGCGCUGGAGCCUGCCAAUGGCGCUGUUUCUGGGUCUGCCAGAUCAGAGAAGAGGAGGAGCUCUAGUUCAGAUUCAGAAAGCGGUGAUACCCACCAGAAUGCCAACUCUGAGAUGGCAAGGGGUUACAGCUACAGGUCAUUUCCCAGCACCAGCUACCCCUUGCCCAGGACUGACUCGGAGCAGUGGCGUAAGAGCCAAGUGAUCCCCACCACUGAGACAAAAGAGAAGAUCCAUAACAGGAACCCAUUCCAGUACAGCUCACCUAGUUUCGGUGAGAAGACAGCCACCACUCUAGCGUAUCAGUGUGUAGUACCAGCCAGUAUCUAUCCGAGUAGGAGGAAUAUUGAGCCUGCACCGGAUACACAUGUCUCCACCCGUCCUGCUGCUGUACGGACUGGGAGCAGCAUCAGAUCACCACUGGUUCCAUUCCACCGCCCCUUAUCCUCAGAGACUACAUCUACGUCGGCUGCCGUCUUCAGCUCCCCGUUCCCCAGCCUGACCAGGAGACCUACGGAGACAGGACCAUCAGGGAGGUACUUCCUUCAGAGUCAUGGGUCAGGCAGCCGCUGGGGUCAAUCCCCAACCCUGACCCCGGGGCUGUCGGAGAGCAGCGUGGUACACGUGGCCAAGGACAAGACGAUGUUUGUUGAACUGUUCACGAACGAGACCAACCACGUUCAGGUCAGAAGCAGGGAGGUGAAAGUGAGUGAGGGAAAGGAGGAAAGGAGGAGAGACUUGCCAGCAGGAGAGAGUGAGAGAGAAAGGGAGUGCAGGAAGACAGAGCAGAUAGGAAGACGAGGAGAGGAGUGUGUAGAUGAGACCGACGUCAGCGAGUCAGAUGAGAGGACGAGCCCAGAGCAGCAGGGCUUUCACACUUUGUAAGUGCAGGCUUUUUCCUUGUUUGUUAGGUCACAUAGCAGCAUCACAUAACCUUUUUUUAAAUAUUAGUUAGCCUAUUGAGUGUGCCCUCCUUCCUGGUGGAUGUCAAUUCAAGUACAUUUGUUAGUUCGUAGGUUCCAAUGGAUUGUUUGUUGUCAAUACACACACAAAGCCUUUUUUUAUAUGUUUGUACAUUUUAUACAUCUAUUUAAAUACUAUAACGCAAUGUCAUUGAGAAUUUAAGACUAAAAUGUUCCUUUUUUAAUUUGUGCUCUUAGAUUAUUAUUAUUUUAAAUUCUUAUAAUUGAAACCCUUAAGCAAUAUCAGCCACUGCCCUGAAACAACAAGCAGAGUGCAUGAAUGUUAGUACCACCCAAUGCACAGCUGUGUGUCUGGUUGUUUCUUACAGGAAAUAAGAUGGUUAUUUUUGUCUCACCAAUGUUUCACUGACUGUUUUUGUAAAGAUACAACAUAUGAAAAUCCUAUCGAAGCCCUCUUAAAGUUAUCAGGCCAAAGAUAUAGGCCUAACCACCCAAACAUACUAUAUGAAUAAUUGGUACAAUAAGAUAUUGGGUCAAAAUGAACAAUUGAAGACAUCAUUUUACAGGGAGCAGUGAGUUAGGGUUUUGUUGCUCCAUGGAUGAGUGACUGAAGGGACUUAUUUUUAUCAUGCAAAUACGUCAGACUAUAUUCAACUAAUAUUUGUGUGUGUGUGUUUGUUCCCAUGCCCUCCUUGUAAUUUGUCCAUCGGCCAAAAUCUUCCCUUUGCAUUCUAAUAUAGUCUUCCUCUUUUUUUUGUGUGGCAUUAACACAUUUUAAACAAAAAAAGUAUCAUAUUGUAUUCUCAUGACAAGCCAGUUUAAACCUUGUCAUAAAGUAGGCAUAUAUUUGUUUGUUCUCUUUUAAGGGUUCUGUCAGCAGUGGUUAAAAUAGCAAAAGCAACUAACCCCAGUCACAAAUGCUGUUUUUACAUGUGGUUUUUGUAUAUUUGCUCUGUUCUGUCGCUGAAAAUAUACAAAUACUUUUUAAUCAUGAAGAGAUUUUCCUCUACAAUCAUAGGCACAUUGCCCAUAUCAAUGGUUGAUUUCCCUCUGACAAACUGUCAACAGCACACAAAUCAUCAACGCUCUUUGUAUUUCUUGACUUGCCAUUUGGUUGAUUUUUGUUUGAUGUUCUAGUAGUUUUCUUGAAUUUUGUUAUGUGAAAAUAUUAUUUAUUUUUGUUUAUGGAAAAAAGGAGGGAAAAAAAUAUUGUACUGAACAUGCUGUGCAUCGCCAGUUUUCAUAAGUAUUUAGCAAAAAUUUUACUUUUCUCCCCUUUCCCUGUCAAAGGAAGAACUUUGACUAUCUUUUAAAGUGCAACUGUGUAAUAAAGAGUGAAUUUCAUCAAUA